AUGAGUGGAGAGGGGAGGAUGUGUAAGUGGCUGGAUGGACUGAUGGAUAAAUAUGUAAAAGGUUUCAUGGAUCGAUGAUAGAUAGGCUAGGAAAUAAAUGGGCAUAUGGAUAGAUAGGUAGUUGGAUGAAUAAAUGGGUAGAUGGAUCGGUAAGUGGAUUGAGGAUGGAUAAGUGGAGAUAUUAAGGGACAGAUGUAUGGAUGUGUGGACAAAUAGAUGAGUAGGUGAAUUAGGUUGAUUGGUGGAUGGAUGAAUUUAUGGGAGUAAAUUGGUGGAUGAAUAAGGGAAUGUACAGAUGGAUGAGUUAAUGAAUGGGAAGGGUAAAGAAUAGGGACAUAAGUGGUGGGUGGAGGGAUGGAGAGAUGGACAGAUGAGUGGAGGCCAUUGAUACCUAUGGAUAGGUUUGGGAAUGGUUACGUGGAUGGGGUGAACAUACAGAUUGAUGAGUGAGUAGCAGAUAGAUUAAUGACCAAAUGGACGGGUGGGUGGAAGGAUGGGAGAGAUUGAUUCUAUAGGCAGGAGAACUACUGGGUGGUCGUGUAGAGGGGUGGAAGGAUGGACAAGUCAGGAGUGUGAUGAAUGAGUAAAUGGGGAAUUUCAUGGGUGGGUAAAUGAAUUGGUUGAUUUUUUUUUUUUUUGUACCGGGGAUUGAACUUGGGUCCUUGCACUUGCAAGACAGGCGUUGGAACCACUGAACUAAAUUCCCGGCCCUGGGUAAAUGAAUUGAAGGGCUAGACUUAGCCCUGUGUUACUGCACCCCUUUGUCUUUCAUCCACCUAUCCUGUGGGUGGACCACCACGCACCUUAAUUUACUUAAAAUUAGGCAUCCUGUGUAUGCCAGUCCCUGUGCCACCCCUUUCACAUCACUUCAUUUAUUCUCCAAAUGACACUGUCACUUGGGAUAAUUCUCCAACUGAGGAAACAAUACAAGUCCCUUGCUCAAGAACACGUCAGUGGCAAAGCUGGUGUUUGAACCUACCCAUGCCUACCAGAGGCAUUCCAUACUCCAUGUGCCUGCCACCCAGGAGUAGAGCCCUCUAGGGGAGGAGGUGUGACUUGUCCCCUGGAUGUGGACUGAUGAGGGAGGCUGCCCUCCUGGCACGGGGACUAUCUGGGUAGGGUGUGGGCCUGGCUUGUCCCCAUCUGCACCCCCUUACUCCUCACCUUACAUGCAAAAAUAGUGGAAGACAAGCUCCAGUCCCACAAUGGGUCUUGGUUAAAACUGGGCUUUAUCCUACAUUGGCCCCCCACACAUGGUGGGGGGGAUUUGAAGACCUGGCCAACUAUAGAAACACCUUCGCACAACCAAUAACUGCACUCAACGCAGCUUCUGCUCUCCACAGCCGGGGGUGUGGGGGGGUGACAGGGAGGGGACACAGCGCUGCAUCAUUCCCCAUGGCACUCCGCUCUGGGGCCAUUAACAGACGCCUCUCUAUCGAUCAGAUCUGCUAAGUGCUGCUGAAUCAGGCGGGUGGGGGUGGGGGCCCCUGGGGGCAGAGGGGGUAGGAGCUGGGCAGGAAGAGGGGGGAGUCCAGGAAGGAGGUGGGGAGAACUGGCAAAGCUCCCUGCCACCCCCAUUUUCCAGAAGACGCGACUGAGGCCCAACCAGCUUUGUAGGAGGCGGAGUCUCCCCAGGGUCCCUCUCAGACUGUCCUAGGGGAGGGGUCUCUGGGAGCUACGAGGCCCCUCCCAGCCUCCAUCUCCCGGCUGGUGCGGAGGGGCGGGGAGAGAGAGCAGGAGGAGGAGAACUCCAGCAGCACUGCAGAGGGGCCAGGCAGUUCCGCUCUGGUGUACCCCCAGCCCCAUCGCUGUUGCUGCUGCUGCAUUGGGGACACAGGUGAGGACGGCCCUAUGGGGAAGGGGAGGGGGCUACCAAUAGCACUGUAUUUGUCCUUUCUUGGUCCAGCCUCCAUGCCCUAGCCCAUCCUGGGACAAUCCCUAGGGGUCCCACUGGACCUUGUCCUUCCAGGGACUCAGCCCUCUCCCCCUGCCUGUGCCGCCUCCCCUCCUAGGCCUGGCUGUGGCUGCUGCUUUUCCUCCUGCUGCUGCUGCUGCCGCCUCUGCUACUGCUGCUGUCCACUACACACCGCCAGCCCCUUGGGGUGUGGUUUCCCCAGACCUGCCCCCAUGAGUGGGACCCAGGCUUCUCCUGUCCUACCUUCUCCUGGCCUCCCCCACCAGCCGCCUGCUUGGUCCAGCAGCCCCCUUCCUGGAGACACACCCAACUCCCUUUCAAUGCCCCACCCCCUCCAACCCAUUUUGGGGGGAACCCCUUUCCUCUUAGUCUUUUGAGAUCCCCUGAGUUCUCAGUGGCUGUGCCCAACUUUGGUUCAGUUAAAUCCCAUUCCCUUGGGAUUCCCCAGGCCCCUUUUUCCUUCCCCCAGAACUCUUCAGAGUGGACCAAGCUUCUUCAGUCCCUCCAGAUACUCCCUCCCCCAGAUAUCUCCUAACCUCUUCAAAAAUAACCCAGCCCCAUAUCUACCUUUUUAACCACCCCAUUCCCCUCUUCCCCUAACUAGGGACCCUUAGCUCUCCCCCGCUUUGCCCAGAGCUCCUAGAACUCCUAAAGCAUAGACAAAACCCCCAGGCUAUUCUUGCAGCUCUAGGCACUCCCAAGACACUUUUUAGUCUCUUUACAACCUCCUGGCUAUAUAGCCCCCCUUGAGGUGCAUCAGCCCAUGUUUCAAAUCCACGAGAGAGCUCCAACCCCCUUAUCUUUUCCCCAGAAGUCUUGAGGGUGUGGGCAAUCCUCCUCCCUGUUCCCAGCCUGUCUAGAGCCAACCCCCUCAGACACUCCCAGCCUCUUUCAAGUAUCCGUAACCCUCUGGAUGCCUCAAUCUCCUCUCCAGCCCUACUAAGGGGUUCCAGGCCACUCUUCCUUCCCAGAGAACUUAAAAGUGUGAACAACCCCCCACCCUCAAAGUUUCUUCAUCACUCCAAACCCCUGGACAUCUUCAGGCACAUGCUGACUGACUCCCAUAGAAUCAUCUGUCUCUAAACCUGAGGAUCUUUGUUGGCCCCUCUGGCUGCCUCAGUCCCUUCUCAGUUUCUCAGGACACCACCCAGGCCCCUCCUAGAUCAUCUAAUGCCCCCCAAGCUCCUGCCCAUCUCUCUACUUCCACCUCGUGGUUCCUCUUGGCCUCUCUAGACCUUCCCAGUUUCCUUGUCCCGGUGGUCCAGGGCCUCUCCAAGUCCCCACCAUCCUGGAGACAGCCACAUUCUCCUAAACACCAAUCCCCUAGUCUUGGUGGGCCUGGGAGCCGCAGGAUGGCGGCAGGCGUGGCCACGUGGCUGCCCUUUGCACGGGCGGCUGCGGUGGGCUGGCUGCCCCUGGCCCAGCAGCCCCUGCCCCCGGCCCCGGGGGUGAAGGCAUCUCGAGGGGAUGAAGUUCUGGUGGUGAAUGUGAGCGGCCGGCGCUUUGAAACCUGGAAGAACACACUAGAUCGCUACCCAGACACCCUGCUGGGCAGUUCUGAGAAGGAGUUCUUCUACGAUGCUGACUCGGGCGAGUACUUCUUUGAUCGUGACCCAGACAUGUUCCGGCACGUGCUGAACUUCUACCGCACGGGCCGACUGCACUGCCCUAGGCAGGAGUGCAUCCAGGCCUUUGAUGAAGAGCUGGCCUUUUAUGGCCUGGUGCCGGAGCUCGUGGGUGACUGCUGCCUUGAAGAGUACCGAGACCGCAAGAAGGAGAACGCUGAACGCCUGGCGGAAGAUGAGGAGGCUGAACAGUCCGGGGAUGGCCCGACUCUCCCAGCGGGCAGCUCCCUGAGGCAGCGGCUCUGGCGGGCCUUUGAGAACCCACACACGAGCACUGCGGCGCUGGUUUUCUACUAUGUGACCGGCUUUUUCAUUGCUGUGUCAGUCAUUGCCAAUGUGGUAGAGACUAUCCCGUGCCGCAGCCCUUCACGGCGGCUGUCUAGGGAGCAGUCCUGUGGUGACCGCUUUCCGACGGCCUUCUUCUGCAUGGACACGGCUUGCGUACUCAUAUUCACGGGAGAAUACCUCCUACGGCUCUUUGCUGCCCCUAGCCGUUGUCGCUUCCUACGGAGCGUCAUGAGUCUCAUCGAUGUGGUGGCGAUCCUUCCCUACUACAUUGGGCUUUUUGUGCCCAAGAACGAUGAUGUCUCGGGUGCUUUUGUCACCUUGCGUGUGUUCCGGGUCUUCCGCAUCUUCAAGUUCUCCAGGCACUCACAGGGCUUGAGGAUUCUGGGCUAUACGCUGAAGAGCUGUGCCUCUGAGCUGGGCUUUCUUCUCUUUUCCCUCACCAUGGCCAUCAUCAUCUUCGCCACUGUCAUGUUCUAUGCUGAGAAGGGCACCAGCAAGACUAACUUUACGAGCAUCCCUGCUGCCUUCUGGUACACCAUUGUCACCAUGACCACACUUGGCUAUGGAGACAUGGUGCCCAGCACCAUUGCUGGCAAGAUUUUCGGGUCCAUCUGCUCACUAAGUGGUGUCUUGGUCAUUGCCCUGCCUGUGCCCGUCAUCGUGUCCAACUUUAGCCGCAUCUACCACCAGAACCAGCGAGCUGACAAGCGCCGAGCACAGCAGAAGGUGCGCUUGGCAAGGAUCCGGUUGGCAAAGAGUGGUACCACCAACGCCUUCCUGCAGUACAAGCAGAAUGGGGGCCUAGAGGACAGCAGCAGUGGGGAGGGACAGGCGCUGUGUGUCAGGAACCGUUCUGCUUUUGAGCAACAGCAUCACCAUUUGCUGCACUGUCUAGAGAAGACAACGUGCCAUGAGUUCACAGAUGAACUAACCUUCAGUGAGGCCCUGGGAGCUGUCUCACUGGGUGGCUGCACCAGCCGAAGCACCUCUGUGUCCUCUCAAGCAGUGGGGCCUGGCAGCCUGCUAUCAUCUUGCUGUCCCCGAAGGACCAAGCGCCGUGGCAUCCGCCUUGCCAACUCCACUGCCUCUGUCAGCCAUGGCAGCAUGCAGGAGCUGGACACACUGGCGGGGCUGCGGAGGAGCCCUGCCCCUCAGAGCCGCUCAAGCCUCAAUGCCAAACCCUAUGACAGCCUUGACCUGAACUGUGACAGCCGGGACUUCGUGGCCGCCAUUAUCAGUAUCCCCACCCCUCCUGCCAACACACCAGAUGAGAGCCAACCAUCCUCCCCUGGUGGUGGCGGCAGCAGUGGUGGCAGGGCGAGGAGCACCCUCAGGAACUCCAGCUUGGGCACUCACUGCCUCCUCCCCGAGACUGUCAAGAUCUCUUCCCUGUGACGGGCAGGCCUGCCCAUUCAGAGGACCCUCCUCAUUCUUGGGUAUUCCUUUCCAAAGCCAUACUUUGAGGAGGCAGAGAGGGGCAGGCCUGGGGACUCCUCUGCCCUCUGCCAAGAACUAUGCAAUGGAGUUUUAUGAAAUGAUCCACUUGGGGGGAAAGUAGUCAGGGGGUGGGAAACUGCCCCCUAGACAGGAGUCCUGGUGGGAGCUGAAGCACUAGACUUCCACAGACCCCUGGCUUCCUUGCCCCAGCACACUGGGACUGGCCCCUCUCUCCCAGCUGGCCUGCAUGCUCUCCCACCCCCCACCUUGGGCCCUCGGAAGUAGGUAAAGCUCUCCUCUGACAUCUGAGUUCUGGCUUGACAAGGAGAGUUGAGAUUUCCUCUUCUCUCUGGCAAGGCUGUGAGAGUUUGGGGGUUUAGAAAAGAGAACCCUCACCUCUGAUUUGGCCUCUGGGAAGAGGUAUACCCUCCCACCCGGGGCCCAGUAAUUCCUAGAUUCCGAACCUUGAAAUGCAACCAUGGGCUUCAUGGGCUGUGGCCUCAGCAGUGACCUGACCCCCUCUGUAGGUCUUGGCCAAGGGGUCAGGCUGCAUCUCCCAACACACAGAUAGCACAAACACCACCACUCCCUUCCCUGGCUGCUGGAAAUGGGUCCCUACCACCCUGUCCUCUGCUGGGGCCUCAGCAAAUAGCAGUAGCAGCUACUGCUGUGAAAAUAUAUAAAGCCUCUGACCAGUUUGCUGCAGCAUUUACAUCUGCCCUGAUCAGAUGGGCCACCUCUUUAACUACUCCUCCUCUCUUCUCCGGUUUGCUUCCUUUCUGGGCUGUAGUCUGGACUGGUUGAGAUAAAAGCGUGGCAGCCUGAAGAGCUGGGCUGAGUUUAGAGAUCAUGGGCCAGUUCUGCGUUCUUGGGCAGGAGUCUAGAAGUAUCAGGGGCCGAAGCCUGGGUUGUUCCUGAACUCUGGGAGGUUUAGGAGGCAGAAGGAACUUCUUGAUCACCUUCUCCGUCCCUGCAGCUCUUUUUCACAUAUUCCCCUCUUCUUCCUCUUGGGUUACCUUCCAGAGCUCUAGUCUCAGGCUGAAGUCUAGCAUCUCAGGCUCCCUGUCCCUGUGGAGUUGGCAGAUGACAAAGAUGUAGUUUCCAUCAGUCAAUAAAACCUGAGAAGAGAGAUGA